GCAUAUCCUCACGCAUCACUAAAUAUGAUCGCUUUAAUCCUCUAUGUGAUAACAACCAAUUAAAGUAACCAUAACUUCAGCAUAAACUUACGUAAAACGUGAUUCUAUACUAAAUAAAUAAAAUCUUCUCUCAAUCAAGUGAGCAUCCUUUGUAUUCGUUGUAAAUAACAUCACAAAAGGACGAUCCGAUGUGCUAAGCCGUUUGGACAUUGAUGUUUCUUGGCUUGCAAGUACAAAAGCUGAGCAUAAGUUUCGAGCCCGGCAUGUGGCAGUUCGACGAGACCGCGGAGAUAUGCUCCAUCGGGAUGAUCCACCCGUCCCACAGCAGGCACUCGGGACUCUCCAUGCUGUCCAGUGUCUCGCAGUUCUCAGGCAUCUCGACGCUGUCGGGCUGCGGAUCGCCUGAGCAGCUGGAAGGACUGCCGGAGCUGCCGCCGGCGGAGGAGCGCCGCCUCAAGCGCGCCGCGCUGGUGCUGCAGCAGCGCCUCGUGCUGCGCCAGUGGCUCGCCACGCACCGCCUGCAGCACGCCUACACAAAACUCCUGAGCCUGGACGUGUCAUCACUGGAAGAUGUGUACUGGCUGGAAGACCGGACGGCGCAGCAUGUGCUUGACCCCAAGGACUUCGGCGCGUGGUCGGCGGCGCGCCAGAGCCUACCCACCGGCAAGGAGGCGCUGCAGACGCUUAAGGGCGAGCUGUGGAGCGCCGUCGUCAAGAACAGCAAGCACCAGGACGCUUGGACGUGGGGCGGGAUGCUGGUGGUGUCGGUGUCAGUGUGCGGGCUGGUGACGCUGGCGGCCAUGACGCAGCCGUCGCUGGCGCCCGAGGCCAAGCACUCGCUCCUGCAGUACGUCACCGGCAAGUACCUGCACCCGCCCAGCUGCAGGGUGGAGUGGGGCUGGCAGGACCCGCACGUGGUGGGCGAGACCAUGUGCCUGACGGUGCUGUGCUUCCAGCGCAACGGCCAGCCCUACCCCAUCUGCGACACCGACGAGCUCACCGUCAUCGUCUCCCACGGCACCAGGAAGAUCACGCCGGUGCUGGAGCUGGGCUCGGGCGACCCGGCGCGGGCGCACACGGCGCGCGUCAAGUUCACCGUGCGCAUCGCCGGCCUCUACAUCAUCUCCGUCACUAUAGGGGGCGCGGGCGUCUGCGGCAGCCCGUUCCGGCGGCGCUUCCUGGCGGGCGCGGUGUGCGCGCGCCUGUCGCGUGUCGGCCGCGCGCACGCCGCGCUCGUGUGCACCGCCACGCACGACAAGACGCUGCACAUCCACCCGCGCGACCAGUACGACAACCCCGCGCCGCUGGCCACCGCUGACGUCAGCGACUUCACAGCGAAGAUAAACCUCCUGGGUGAAGAAGAAGAUGAGAAGCUAUCGUCCAUGGUGUCGUUUGCAUACGACUCGGUGAACCAGCGUGUCAGCAUGGCGCUAUGCUUCCAAGAGCCCGGCGUGUACCUGGCGCGCGUGUCGUGCGCCGGCGUGCUGCUGCUGCACGGCCAGUUCCACUGCAUCGUGCUCACAGCGAGCGACACAGCCACGGUCUCCCGCAACAUGUCCGCCAAGCGGCACGGCGUGUGCUACGAGGCGCGGCUGGCCGGCGCCAAGCCGCGGCGGGUGCUGUGCUGCCUCAGCCCUAAGCAGCUCAUCGUCAAGGACUACAUCCUCAAGUUCAUCCCUAAGCGCAUCACAUCUUUCCGCCUGUGCCCGUCCACUAAGUUGAUCCUGGCGCCGCGGCCGCUGGGCGCGGGCCCGGGCGGCGAGUUCUCGGUGGAGGACGGCGUGCAGGCGCCGCUGAAGCUGUGGGCGCCCGAGCGCGACCUGCUCGCCGCCACCUUCACGCACCUGCUGCUGGCCAACUGCGGCGGCGAGGACACCUUCAAGAACAAGCAGGACUACUUCUACAGCGAGCUGCGCAAGCUGCACGCGCGGCACCCGCACGACAAGCUGGCCGUGCGCGUGCUGCGCGAGCAACUGCUGGCCUCCAGCCUCAAAGCCACCAAGCACUUCACGCGCGCCGACUGGUGCAAGAGUUUCGACGUGACCUUCCAAGGCGAGCAAGGCGUGGACUGGGGCGGCGUGCGGCGCGAGUGGUUCUCUCUGCUGUGCGGGCAGCUGUUCGACGCCAAGCUCGGGCUGUUCGUGUCCUUCCACGACGCGCCCGGCGGGCUCGUGCACCCCAACCCCAACCGCCCGCCGCACCUCAAGCUGAAGCACUUCGAGCUAGCAGGCAAGGUGGUGGGCAAGUGCCUGUACGAGUGCGCGCUGGGCGGCUCGUACCGGCAGUUCGUGCGCGCGCGCCUCACGCGCUCUUUCCUCGCGCAGAUCAUCGGCCUGCGCGUGCACUACCGCUACUUCGAGUCGGACGACCCCGAGCUGUACCUAUCGAAGAUCAAGUACGUUCUGGAGACGGAUCUGGACGCGGCCGACGGCGUGCCCGAGCUGUACUUCGCUGACGACGAGUACGACGCCGCCGGCCGCCUGCGGGCCACGCGCGAGCUGCUGCCCAACGGCGCCAACAUACGGGUUCGGAACAGUACGAAGCUGCAGUACGUGGACCUGCUGGCGCAGUGGCGGCUGGCCGUGCGGUGCCGCGCCGAGACCGACGCCUUCCUGCGCGGCCUGGCGCUGCUGGUGCCCGACAACCUGCUGGCGGCGUUCGACGAGAUGGAGCUGGAGCUGCUGGUGUGCGGCUCGGGCGAGCUGUCCGUGGCCGACUGGCGCGCGCACGCACGCGCGGCCGGCGGCGGCCGCGACUGGGAGCGCGUGCUCGCCUGGUUCUGGGCCGCCCUGCACGCGCUCACGCCGCCCGAGCGCGCCCGCCUGCUGCACUUCAGCACCGGCUGCAGCCAGCUGCCGCCCGGCGGCUUCCAGGAGCUGAACCCGCGCUUCCAGAUCACGCCGGCGCCCAACUUCGGCGCGCUGCCCACGGCGCACACGUGCUUCAACCAGCUCUGCCUGCCCGACUACGACAGCUACGAGCAGCUCGUCAAGGCGCUGUUGUGGGCGAUCAACGAGGGCGGCGAGGGGUUCGGGAUGAUCUAACUUGUAUACACAUACAAUGUUUUACCACGACUCUAAGGCUGGUUUUAGAGUCACGCUGACGCACCCUGACCGUCAGCGCUGACAGCCGAAAUGUAUGAACCGUCGGCGCCGAGCGAUCAGCCUCACUCAGGAACGUUCCCUUCAAUUACAUACAUAUUGAUCUGUCAGCGCCGACGAUCAGCGAGCGGUCAGCGCGAUUCUAAAACCCGCCUAAGAACUAAUAGGGAAUAUGCAUGAUGAUGAUGCCCUUAAAUAAAAUUGACAACGGGUUAAACAGAAUAUAAAUGUAAGAAAAAGGUACGUAAUCCAACAUUGUUAGUAAAAUAUUUCCGUCCCUCUCUAAUAGCUUUUUUAUGACGGACACGAAGUCUUUCGUCGCAUUUCUGUCCAGACUUCUGAAUUUAAUCUUUGUAUUGUGAAGCUUUAAUAUUCAAGCACUAACCAAGAUUAUUGAAUAUAUUACGUACUUAAAAAAUAUAGUCAUGCAUAUUCCCUAUUUAUAAAAAUAAUAAUUGAAAAAAGCGGACGUCAUUCUCCAAACUCUAUUUGGCGUAAGAACAAUGUGAAUUUGGUUAUUAUCACUUAAACUUAAAACUUCUUUGAAAUUCGCACAAGGUCUAAUAUUUUAAAACUCCAGGCAGUGUUGACCAAUGAAGAAAUUGCCUAAAGAAUACUCUACGACCGAUAUACAAUAAUUAUGCUCGUUUUGCAUUUAUAUUCUAUUACAUAUUGGACAUUAUUAGUUUUUAUGUUGACAUGUUGUGUGAGAUUGUGUUAUGUGCGUGCGUGGUAACAUCUCGUUACUUGUGUGGUGAAUGUUCAAACGGAAAACGGGAUCACUGUGUAUUACUAGUAUAAUAUUAUUUUUCAAUUAAAUAUUUUAAUAGAAAUGUUGAACAAGGCCUAAAGUUAAUGUAAACUUGACUUCUAGUCAGAGAUGUCCCCGCCGAAGUGAGGGCGAUAUUUAUUUAUUAGAAACGGCCUUUAAGAUUAAAUUAUUUAUUUAUUAGAUAGUAUUAAAUCGAUCUCUUGCUAGUCAUAAGCGUAACUUUCUUUCGUAUUUUAUAACCGAAUUUGUUCGGUCAACUUUUGUUAGUUAACUAAUGAUACAAGCUCUUCCGAAAAAGGCACAUGCAUGUCAUAAUCAUUGGAAUAUCAUUGAUUUACACUAACUACCAAAACUUUAUCUUAAGAUAAAGUUCUGAUCAUCAAAUUGAACCCAUUGCCAGACGUAGUACCAGUUAAUACGGUUUAUGUCAUGCAUGAACCAAUUUAGUUGUUUUAUUGAAGCCGGGGCGUAGUGUUCGUAGUUGUAACAAAGGAUCCUGCCAGCUGCCGGUCAGUCGCGGAAUUGAACCAUCGACAAUAAUCUCGUGCCCGGUGCGCGUGCGCUUCUGACAUUUGCUGACUUUCAUGAGCCCUUUUAUUUGUAUCGAGUUAAGUGUAAAAAUCUUUGUCUUCUCUUUUUUUGUCGGGGAAAUUACGUAUUGAAGUCCGGGGACAAGGCCAAUGUGUGCCCCCCCCCACCUCUCCCCUCAUCGGUAGGCUGAGGCAUAUCCACUAAAAUAACCCAGGUGCUUCGUCACUCGCUUUAGUGGGGAAAACUAUGGGAAUCUUGACAAAGCCUUCAAUGAGCACCGUCCCUCCCAGAUUCUUCUCUCUACUUGGCCUAAGUUUUAACGCAAUUUCGCAGUAGGCAAAACAAUCCUACUAGAGAAAGGUCUUCUGUCACUUUUACUUUUCUAAACUAGCCACUGAUUUCGAGGAUUUUGCCUUCCUUUCAGUAUGGAAAUGAGGGACAAGAUUGAAAUCAAGAUUUAUGAUUCUUGAAUAAUAUUAUUUUUGCAUAUUCUCUGUAUUUACUAUUAUAAAUCGCUGUCAGCAAGUGUCGGAAUUGUAAUGUAUUAGAUGUGUGACAUCUAUAAAAUGUAUGCAUGUGUUUGUGUGUUGUGAGAGCGCAAGCAAGAUGAGAGACUUCAUAAAAUACUUUUGAGUUAGUAUUAUUUAUUUUAGAAUAUUUUAUAUUAGUGAUUAAAGUUGACAUAUUGCAAAAAGGUAUUUAUUUAUGUAUUUAGUUGUAGAUUAAUUAUUUUUAAAUGACAUUUUAUUUAUACUUAUGUAUAAAAACUAUCGUAAGUUUAAAGCCUAUAAAUAUUUUCUUGUGAGAUAUGUAUAAGCAUAGUUUAUGUAUUAGAUAAAAGGAAAGCUACAUUAUUGUUCAGAUAUUUCUAUGAUUGUGUAUGUAAAUAGUGAUAAUGCUACGUUAUAAAUUAUAUGUUGAACCAUUUCAACCAUAAUAGUGACAUAAUGUCUGAAUUAAUUUAUUUAUUUAUGUAAUACAAUGAGAAAUAUUGAAUGUGUAGAGAACAUUAUUAACAUAGCCAACUUGAUCUUGCUCUAUAUGUCACUAGCUUGUCAAUGGUCGCCUGACCCAUGUUGGCCUAAUGUCAAAGGAUUUAUUUUAGGGCUGGAGACUGUUGGACUUUAGUAGUAGGUAUCUAUUUAUUUCAUUCUCUUUAGCGAUUACGCCCUUUUUAGACCAAAUAAAGCAUCUCGUGUUUCACAAAGCCGUACUAUCCGUAUUAUUAUGUUAAUUAAUAAAUAUGCAUUCUUGAUGUAGUGGUGAUGUAGCCUACUCGGGGAUUCCUGCGAUUUCCCUUCAAAACCAGUUCGCGCCAUAAUUAUGUAACAAUCGGACUAUUUGAUGACCAAUUAAUGUAUCUGAUGAAAAAUUAAUACGACGUUUGUAGUUUUGGGAGGAAAAGGCACGUGCCAUCCUCGUAAGAUUAGACAACGGUAUAUAAAUAAUAUAGUUGACUAAUAUUUCCUCAAAAUAUUCGGUACUUCACCGAAUUCAAUCUUGAUUUUUAAGAAUCAUCAUCCAAGUUCAAUGAAUUCAGUUUAGUCAACAUUUAGGUAUUUUUGACACGUGCCUAAGUUUGACAGAAUCGAUAGAGGUCCUCUCAGCAGCACUGCUUGAAGACCUCGAAUCGGGUUUUACAAAGAUUGGUUACAAUUUUCAAUGGUUUUUAUGUUUUCUGAUAGCGUGGGGAAACCUAAGGUGGCGCGACAUGUUCGUAGAAAUAUGGUGAGGCCAUCGUUUAAAACAUAAUAACAACACGCCCAUUAAUUCUAACUAGUAUAAUCAACUAUGUAUUUUAUAGCUUAAAUUUUUUUACCACUGGAAAUUAAGAUAGAAUUGGCUGAGCUUAAUUUUUUUGCAUAAAUAUUUUUUAUUUUAAUUUAUUUAUUUUAUCUGUAUAGAAAUGAAACACUUUUUUAUCGAUGUUACCUACCUACUGCCUAUCUCAUAAUUAAUAUUUUAUUAGUUUUAUUCUUUUGGUAUUACUGUCUGUAAUGUGUUACAUCGUUACCUUAAGAAUGGAUGUGAACAUAUUUUUAUCGAGCAAUAUUCAUACUAGUCGUAUAUCGUGAUAAAGAGGUUUCUUAAGUAUUGUUAUACAAGUUCAUAGUUUCAUAGUGUAGCGCCGCUUGCGCCGCGUCGGCUCUGCACUUCACUCAGUGUUCACCACUCUCUCUUUUUACAUUUUAUAGUGAACAUUCCAAACGUAGAUUAUAUUUUGUAGCUAAAUCGUUGAUUAGAAAUGUAAGACUGAAAUAAAUUAUACGAUACAA